CUGGUCUGUGGCUUGCAGCUCGGCGACAGUCAUGGGGACGGAUGCUGCCCACGAGCCCGAGACCGCAGAAGUGCUGCCCCAGCACCAGUUAGACUGCAAGUCCUUGGAUGCUUACCUAAACCGUCAUUUACCUGGCUUCGGGGCACAGCCCGGAGCUACGUUGACCAUUACUCAGUACAGAUCAGGGCAGUCCAAUCCAACCUUUCAUCUCAAGAAGGGCUUUCAAGCAUAUGUACUCAGGAAAAAGCCACCAGGUUCACUUCUUCCUAAAGCACAUAAGAUUGAUAGAGAAUAUAAAGUCCAGAAAGCCUUGUUUUCCGUUGGCUUCCCUGUUCCCAAGGUUUUACUGUACUGCAAUGAUACUUCUGUCAUUGGAACAGAAUUUUAUGUGAUGGAACAUGUGCAGGGCCGAAUCUUUCGUGACUUCACACUUCCCGGAGUUAGCCCAGCAGAACGCUCAGCCAUAUAUGUGGCCAUGAUAGAGACACUGGCUCGACUGCAUUCUUUGAAUUUACAGACAAUGCAAUUGGAGGGAUAUGGUCCAGGUGCUGGGUACUGCAAAAGACAGGUUUCAACCUGGACAUCGCAGUAUCAAGCUGCAGCUCAUCAGGACAUCCCUGCCAUGAAACAGCUGUCUGAGUGGCUAAUGAAAAACCUGCCAGAUAAUGACAAUGAGAGCAAUUUGAUUCAUGGAGAUUUCAAGCUAGAUAACAUCAUUUUCCACCCUAAGGAGACUCGAGUUUUGGCAGUUUUGGAUUGGGAACUUUCAACCACUGGUCAUCCUCUGUCAGAUUUAGCUUAUCUUUCUCUGUUCUACUUUUGGCCAAGGACCAUUCCAAUGCUGCAUCAAAGUUCUCAAAUUCAAGAAAGCAUAGGAAUACCAUCAAUGGAAGAACUGGUUUCAGUAUAUUGCCGCUACAGGGGAAUUAAUCCUAUUCUUCCUAACUGGAAUUUCUUUCUUGCAUUUUCAUAUUUUAAACUGGCUGGAAUAGCACAGGGAGUAUAUAGUAGAUAUCUUUUGGGAAAUAAUUCAUCUGAGGAUAGCUUUCUGUUUGCCAAUAUUGUGCAACCUCUGGCAGAAACUGGAUUACAACUCUCAAAAAGAACUUUCAGUAAUGUGUUGCCACAGGUUGAUACUACAGGACAGUUGUUCCUACAGACUAAGAAAGGCCAGGAAGUUCUUAUGGAGGUGAAGCAUUUCAUGAAAAAACACAUUCUUCCGGCUGAAAAGGAGGUAUUUGAAUACUAUGUUCAAAAUGAAAAUUCCAUAGAGAAGUGGAAACAACCUUUAGUGAUUGAUAAACUCAAGGAAAUGGCCAAAGCACAGGGCCUCUGGAACUUGUUUUUGCCAGCUGUGAGUGGUCUGAGCCAGGUGGACUAUGCCUUGAUAGCUGAAGAAACAGGAAAAUGCUUUUUUGCUCCAGAUGUCUUUAACUGCCAAGCACCAGACACAGGGAACAUGGAGGUACUGCACCUUUAUGGAAGUGACGAACAGAAGCAGCAGUGGCUGGAGCCUCUUCUUCGAGGGGACAUUACUUCUGCCUUCUGUAUGACAGAGCCUGAUGUAGCUUCAAGUGAUGCCACAAAUAUUGAUUGUAGCAUCGAGCGAGAUGGAGAUAGCUAUAUAAUUAAUGGCAAGAAAUGGUGGAGCAGUGGAGCUGGGAAUCCCAGGUGUAAAAUUUUAAUUCUUUUGGGAAGAAGUAAAGCUACUUCACAGUCCAGGCACAAACAGCACAGCAUGAUUCUUGUUCCUACCAACACACCUGGAAUAAAAAUAAUAAGGCCUUUGUCAGUUUUUGGGUACUCGGAUGUAAACCAGGUGCCUGAUCUGCUGCAGAACCACACUGGUAGCCACGCCAGCCAACCGGAAGUUGUGGCUCACUGGAUUGCUGAGAGCCGAAUUGCCAUCGAGGAGAUCCGCUUGUUGACCUUGAAAGCUGCCCACAGCAUAGAUACUCUGGGCAGCGCUGGUGCCAGAAAGGAGAUUGCAAUGAUCAAAGUGGCUGCCCCACGGGCCGUCUGCAGGAUCAUUGACCGAGCCAUCCAAGUGUGUGGAGGUGCAGGCGUCUCUCAGGAUUUCCCUCUGGCUAACAUGUAUGCAUUAACACGAACUCUGCGCCUAGCAGAUGGACCCGAUGAAGUGCACCUCUCAGCAAUUGCCAAGAUGGAGCUACAGGACCAAGCCAAAGCGCAGAGAGCCAAGAUGUGAGGAAGGCAACACCACUCCAUCCCCAGGGUAGACGCAUUCCUUAAUCAGCUCCAACGUUUGAGUCUCACAUUUUUGUAACAGAUUGAGAACAGGGUUAGUUUUCACUUGUGGUAAAGAUUUUAGCCUCUAUUUUGAUCAGUGGGUUUUAUAAUUUCAAGGGUCACACAGAUAUAAGUUGGAAAAUCUGUAGCUGUUCUUAGGUCUAGUAACUAAGUGGUUUAGUAUUUGCUUUUAAGUGCAACUUAUAAUGAGAUCAUAAAAUAAUGGAGAAUUAUUUCUAAAACAUUUCCUGUGUGGCAUA